AUGAAUGACACCCUGGCUAAACCCUCUAGUGGCUAUAACAAAUAUUCCUACAUACAUUUUACCAUAGCGGCUGCUGUAGCGCUAUGUCUUUGUGUUGUUGGCCUAGUUGGAAAUGUUAUUGUGUUUUGGUACCUACGCUUCAAGAUCCAGAGAAACAAAUACACAGUUUAUAUUAUGAAUCUGUCUGCAGCUGAUGCCUUGUUUAUUAUAUUUACUAUGGUGAUCUUGAUGGUCCAGAUAAAUAGACUCGUUGGUACACAUCCUAACUUUAUAGGGAAGGAGAAAUUAUAUUUAUUCAUCGAAAUAGUUUAUGAUACCAUGCAGUAUUCUGGAAUGUUUAUCCUUACAGCUGUCAGCAUGGAAAGAUGUAGCUUUGCCCUUUUCCCCUUUUGGUAUCAAAGUCAUCGGCCUAGGAACUUGUCCACUAUUAUGUGCACUGCUCUUUGGAUUCUCUGGUGUUCGGAAAGUCUCCUUGAGAACCUUGUGUGUACAACAGAAGCUUUCAUGGAUCAAACCGUACAGUGUUCAGUAGUUCAAAUAAUAGUUUUUGUUUUAGCCAAUGGAAUCUGCCUACCAAUUAUGGGCAUUUCCAGUUUCACCUUGCUCUUCAAAGUAAAGAGGACAUUUAAACAGCGAUACACACCUAAACUGUAUAUCGUCAUUGCAGUUUUUGUAUUCAUCCUAUCAGUUCUUCCAUUUAAUAUGUUGUGGUUUUUAAUGUUCUUCAGAUUAAUACCAACUGAUUGGAGUACUGCAAGCAUAUACUUUGUGGCAGUUUUUUACACAGUUGUUAAUCGCAUCGUCAACCCCUACAUUUACUUUUUUGCUGGGAGGAAAUCUAAACAAAAGAGCCAUCGCUCGAUCAUAGAAGCCCUCCAAAGAGCCUUUAGGGAGGAAGCUGAUGAGAAUGAGUCACAAAACAACUAA